CAUGGAUGCUACGACAGUGAAUGCCAGCUUGUUAUUUCUGAAUGCUACAGACAAUCCUACAUGCGUUGAUCAGCAAGGUUUGGAGUCUUUCAGGAGGGAUUUUAACAAAGCUCAUGGCUAUUUAUCUAUAAUCGUCUGCGUAUUUGGAAUCAUUUGUAAUGUUCUUAACAUUAUCGUCCUCAUGCAGAAGAAUAUGAUAAGUUCAACUAACAUCCUCCUAACGGCACUAGCUUUUGCCGAUCUCUUUACUAUGAUUGCCUACGUUCCUUUUACAAUCUAUGUGAGUAUAGUGAAAAUGGAGACGGCUCAACCUCAAGCUUGGAUUCUUGUCUUCUUUUACUUGAUAAACAGUCAUUUAAAUAUAACCCUGCACACAAUAUCUAUGUGGCUGACAGUGGCUUUGGCAGUGUUUCGCUAUAUAGCUGUCUGUCACCAUAAUCUCGGACCUAAGCUGUGCAACUUGAGAAGGGCAAAGUUGACAAUUCUCGCUGUUAACGUAUUCACAAUAGCCUUCUGCAUACCAAACUAUACUAUCUAUAACAUACAACCAGUGAGAAAACGACCUGGAAAGUAUGUAGCUGGACAAUUUACCUUCGUCACUGCAUUUCAUAAAAUUUUCAAUUUCUGGCUAUUCGGCGUUGUACUAAAAAUAGCGCCUUGCGUUCUCCUAACAAUUCUCUCGACGUUGCUCAUUAGGGCCAUGCAUGCCGCCAACAAGAAACGGCAGCGCCUAAAAUCCCAAGGCCGAAGAGCGGAAUCGGAAAGGACCGCUGAUCACAACAGGCAAGUAUCAUCUUUUUCAUAUACCCUAACUACCCUCUUUACAUAA